AUGGCUUGCUUGUAUCUCUUUCUCAACAUUUUCUUCUUUACAAUUUCCAUUUUCAUUCCUCCAUCAACUCCACACCUUACAAAUUCUACUAAUAUUGAUGGCUUCACUGUUCGUUUGAUCCACCGCAACUCACAUCUAUCACCCUUUCACAACCACUCUCUUACCACCUCUGAUCGUAUCCGAUCAGCAGUUCAUCGCUCCUUUUCACGUCUCAAUCGCUUCCAUUUUCUCAUUUCACCUUCCUUAAUCAGCGAUAUUUCACCCAACAUUGUUCCUGAUGAUGGUGAGUACUUUAUGACAUUCUAUAUAGGCACUCCUCCGAGACAAGUAUAUGCUUUAGCAGACACUGGAAGUGAACUCACUUGGGUCAAAUGUUUGCCGCGCAAACAACGCCACGAAGAAACUCCACAUACUUUUGACCCCUCUAAGUCUUCUUCUUACAAGAAACUGUCAUGUUUUUCACCCUCCUGCAAUAGCCUAAACAUGAACAAGAGACUCUGCACGAAGGGCUCUUGCUACUACAUAGAAAAAUAUGGCGACGGAUUAACUACGACAGGAACCCUUUCUGUCGACAAAUUUAGCUUCGAGGAUGAUUAUAAGAAUGCUAUGGAUGUUGAUCAUUUGAUUUUUGGUUGUUCUGAUGAUGCAUCUGGACCUGUCAUAGGAAAUGAAACUGGGAUUGUAGGACUUACCCGACGACCAUUAUCGUUAGUCUCUCAAUUGAACUAUACAAAGUUUGCAUACUGUAUGGUGAUACCUACAAAUAAUCAGUGGUCAGGAACAAGAAGCAAAAUGUAUUUUGGAUCAGAAACUGAAUUUCUCGGGGGCCAAGCUCCAUUAGUAAUUGGAUCAAACAACCAAUACUACUAUCUGACUCUCCAAGGAAUCAGUGUUGGUGAUGAAAAGCUACAAAUCCCAAGUGGGAUUUUUGAUAUAACAGAAAAUGGACAAGGAGGAUUCAUCAUCGAUUCAGGAACCACAUACACAUUACUUCAAGGAGAGGCGUUUGAUGCUUUAGUGAAUGCAUUAAGUGAAGCAAUAAACUUACCGCAAAGGAGAAAUUAUGGGGAAGAACUGGAACUGUGUUUUGAAGGUUCUUUUGAGGAUUUGGUUUCGCAACCAGAUGUAACAUUUCAUUUAAAUGCAACUGAUCUGAUACUCACGAAAGAGACCACAUAUGAAGAAGUGGAAACUGGGGUUUGGUGCCUUGCAAUUUUGAGGUCUAAGAAUCCUUUGUCUAUACUUGGAAAUGUUCAGCAGAGGAAUUAUUAUGUUUCAUAUGAUCUUCGCAAUGGCACCGAAGCGGUUUAUUUUGCACCAGUAGAUUGUGCUGUCUUCUAA